GUCACAGUCAGUAUAGCAUAGACUUGGUAUAUAUAGAAGGACGGUCAGUAUUGGCGCCGGGGUCCCAUUUAGAAAUACACGUAGAGCUUAUACUACACUAUAGCUGUGCCCCGGCCCCAAGACUGCAUAGGGAAGACCUAUAACGCACUAUACCUGUCCCCCAAGUUUUCGUCCCUUCAAUUUGACCGGCGACCGUAUACCAAUUACCAAGUCUAUAUUCGUUGAGACAACGCUUGAGACAACGCUUGAGACGCUUGAGCUUAGGUGGCUGGAAAAAGUGUCUUCCGGAGUCGAGGUGCGAGUACUAUCGGAUUCCGUACACAAAGCGUGUCUAGUAUUUUACUGUGUGACCACUGUUCCCCACGUUUUCCCUGCAGUACGGAAAGACGCUUGAAACCACAUCUAUACUGCCCCUUGGGAUACAAUCUACAUAAGGCGGUUCAGCUUGGUGAGGGUCUGCGGGUGGCCGACUGCUGCUGCUUCUGAUAAGACACGGAGGAAAUCUCUUUGCCAAAGACAACUUGGAUCGGAACGUCUUGCAUUAUUUGACCGAAGCGGCUCCUUCAACGAACGACGCUUACCUAGCUCUAGCUCUGAUAUGGAUGGGCGUCCCGUUGGAUGCGAAAUCCUCGAUCGGGUUCCAGCCGAUACACUUGGCCGCCGCUAGGCCAUCCGACACUUUGUUGAAGCUUUACCUGGACAUGGGCGCAGACGCGAACGCGCUAGCAGAAGACGGACUAUCUCCGCUGCACAUGGCGGCUAGGAGUCAGGUGCCAGCAACGACGCUGUCUACUCUGCUGAAGCGCGGCGCGAACAUUCACCUGAAAACGACACAGGGUCGCACGGCGUUGCACGAGGCGUGCGCCAACUCUCGAGAGGACAAUAUCAGACUACUUCUGUCCGCCGGUGCGGACAUGCUCGCCGAGGACUGCGACGGCAAGACGCCCUUCACAGCUCUCUGGCGCAGCAUCGAGCCGCCUUAUAUAGAAAGUCCAAGCGUCAGGUUGAUGAUCAAGGCGCUGGCGUUGAAGAAAGAUCGCCUGCAGCCGUCGGUCAAACUGAAGGACGAGAGACUCGUGAGGAGCAACCCGGGGAUGCGGGAAUAUUACCGGGACUGCCGGGCGCAGAUCGCUAGGCUGAAACUCACGAGGCUUACCGAGGACUGCACGUUUCUCCAACUGCUGACGAAGAGCUGCGAGCAGAUUGCUGGGCUCAUGAUGCGCAAUGGCAAUUUCAAGGCGAAUUUUCGGCUCUACGAUUUUAGCGGAUUCGCCAUGUACGCCGAAGACGCACUCGCGGCUUUCAAGCGCGCGCAACGCCGCCGUCGCUGUGUGCGUGAACGGGAGGGCCUGGUGAGCGAGGCUUUUGAUCGCCCUUUGCCUGCGAUGCCAUCGUCAGAAAGGUAGUUCGUUACUUGCGGGCCUAUUUCGAAGAUGAUGAAUAUCGAUUUUUUAAACAAUCUAAUGUUGACAAAAAUAAGCCCAUUAUUACUUGUAUGAUUCAACAUUUAUUUUUAUUAUUACUGUUGAAUUUUAGAUAAAAUUAUACUUUGGAAUAUAGCUGUAAUUUUAUAAUAUUAGUGCGGAUAAAACCCAUAAGCUGCCGAGUUCGUCGUUCGAAUUAUUAGACGCCGUGUAAUAACGGGCCGUUUAAAAAAAUUUUUUAUUUUAAUUUUAGAAACUUUUGAAAAUUUUAUUUGUAAUGACGUAAGUCUCACUUUUCAAGCAAACAAAGUGGCUACACAGUUAAGUCGUGAAUAUAAAUACGUUAUCUUUCACGUGAGUUGGAGCAGAGUUGUGAGCUUUCAGUUAUAAUAGCGUUGUGCAAGUAAAUAUAUAUAUAUAUAUAUAUAUAUAUAUAUAUAUAUAUAUAUAUAUAUAUAUAUAUAUAUAUAUAUAUAUAUACCUACUGUUACUUGAUUAUCUUCGGUACAUACAGGUAUAAUAACGACGAUUAAAUGCAAGGCCAAUGUCAAGGAAAAUGUUACAUGUUUUUUUUGUUGUAAAAUAUACGAUUCUCAGUUUCAUAGAAUUUUACAUCAUUACGCAUACCUAUAGGUAUUUAAUAAUAAGAACUAUAGGUAAUUAAUAUUAAGAACCAACCACAGACCAUCAAACUUUUAUGAGCAAAUAAACCAACGUAUUGUGUGAAAUAUGUCUGAAAGAGAAAAAAAUGGUUUGAUUUCAUUUAGAAUAUUUAUUUGGAAGCUUCCAAAAACGUUUACAAUUUUAUUGAAUUUCUUAAAGCUUUAUAAAUAUAAAUACAAUAGUAAUUUAUUUAAAAAUUACAAAUGGUAUUCAUUUAUGAUAACACUGAAAUAAAAAUCUUAAAAAAA